AUACGACGUACGUGCCAUGGCCUAUCAAUUUCCAUGGUUACUAUAAAGCCACACCUCCCUAGCAAGCGAACCCCACACUGAUUUUGCCUAAACGUGAGUUGAGAGUCUUAACUUCUUUUAGAGCUGUGGAUAUGGCUGGGAAACUCAUGAAAGCAGUGCAGUACAAUGGCUAUGGCAAAGGACCUGAUGGCUUACAGCAUGUUGAAGUACCGAUUCCCACUCCCAAAAAUGAUGAGGUUUUGUUGAAAUUGGAAGCAGCAAGUCUAAAUCCAUUUGACUGGAAAGUUCAGAAAGGCAUGCUGAGGCCUUUUCUUCCUCGCAAGUUCCCUCACAUACCUGCUUCUGAUGUGGCAGGAGAGGUUGUGGAGGUUGGACCAGGAGUGACAAAUUUCAAAGCUGGUGAUAAAGUUGUAGCUGUGGUUAACCCAAUGAAUGGGGGUGGACUAGCAGAGUUUGCUGUGACCAAGGAGAACAUUACAGUUGCAAGACCAUCUAAACUUUCGGCAGACAAAGUAGUAGGCUUGCCAAUUGCAGGUUUGACGGCUCACCAGGCUAUAACACAAUCAGCUGGUGUCAAGCUUGAUGGAAGUGGAAAGAAGAAGACAAAUAUUCUGAUAACUGCUGCUUCUGGUGGUGUGGGUCACUAUGCGGUUCAAUUGGCCAAGCUUGGCAAUACACAUGUGACAGCCACUUGUGGUGCUCGCAACAUUGAACUUGUCAAGAAGUUAGGUGCUGAUGAGGUUCUUGACUACAAGACCCCAGAUGGGGCAACUCUGAGGAGCCCCUCUGGCAUAAAAUAUGACGCAGUUAUUCACUGUGCAACAGGCAUUCCUUGGUCUAUUUUUGAGCCUAAUUUGAGCCCAAAUGGGAAGGUAGUUGAUAUUACUCCUGGCCCUAGUGCCCUGGUGACUUUUGCCCUGAAGAAACUUACAUUGUCCAAGAAGCAAUUGGUGCCACUAAUAGUAAUUCCCAAGAGUGAGAACCUCCAAUAUCUUGUUAACUUGGUCAAGGAAGGGAAGCUCAAGACAAUAAUUGACUCAAAAUAUCCCCUGGGCAAGGCCAAAGAUGCUUGGGCUAAGAGUAUUGAAGGCCAUGCAACUGGGAAGAUCAUUGUGGAGCCUUAGGUAAAUGUAAUAUCUUGUAAAUGCAUCUCAGGAUGUUUGGUUUUACCUUGUAAUUAAGUUCCUUCUAUCUGAUUCUGCAAAAUGAUGAUGUUUAGGUUAUA